UAGGUGAAUUAAUCUUUUUUUAAUAUAUAAAGAAGGUGGGCACGUCAGAAAAAUUCGGGGGGGUCACGUGACUGCGGACCCCGCAACUUAGCCGCCUCGUCAUUUCACCCCCCGCCCGCGCCUGCUCGGCGUCACGUGAUCCAGUUUGUUGUUGUUGCGGCCCUACGCUGGGCGGCUGCCCGCGUGGGCGUCGACGGGGUCACGUGACGUGUUUAAAUCUCUGUGUGUGUGUGUGAGCGAGAGGUGCGGGGGGGGGGGGAGGACUGUCUUUUCCGUCUACGGGGAAAGGUGGGGGGUGAGAGCGAGCGAGCGGGCGGAGAGAGAGGGAGGGAGUAGUUGCUCCUUCUCCAAGAUGGCGGACGGGGAGACGCCGCUCCUCCAGUGCCGGAGCGGCGGCCGCGGCAGCAGCAGCGGCGGCGGCGCGGUGUCAGGCGCCUCGGAGAGCCCGGAGCCAGCUGUGAAGCGUCAACGCCGGGGCUCCACUGACAGCGCCGGCCGGGCCUGUUCGGCCGCGAAGGAAGCCGGCGGAGAGGCGGAGGCGCCUCUUUACAUAGGAGGCGCCGCAGAGGAGGCCCUGGCGGAGGAGGAAGAGGUCGCUGCUGCUGCUGCUUCCUCUGGCAACAGCGAGCCGGGAGAGGCCUCGGCAGCGGUGGGAGAAAGAGGAGGAGAGGAAGGCUGGGGCUGCGCUGGGCUGAGGCGGUGGGGCCUGGCCCGAGAGGAGCCGCCGCCGCAGCCGCCACUACUGCAGCAGUUGCCGCCGCCGCCGCUGCCGAGGUGGUGGCCGAGCCAAGGGGAGGGAGCAGAGGCGGCGCCCGCCGGAGACGCAGCGGAGGCGGCCAUUGGCUGCGGGGCGGCGCAGUGUUCGAACGGCGCUGCGGAGGCAGCCGCGCGCCCAGGUGAGGAGCCGCUCCAGAGGCGGAGGGGCGGCAGGUGGGCGCAGGGCAGCGACCGGGUCACGGAGGAGGAGGAGCAGCAUCAGCAUCGCUCGGCCUGCUCUUUAGCGGCACGGGAGGGAGGGACCCGAGAACACCGGCAUCCUCUUCUAACCCCAGCUCAAUGGGAUUCGCGCUGUCGGGGCUGAGGGAAGUCAAGGCACUGCUUAGUCCUUCUCCCUCCCUCGAUCUUCAAGAGCCGAAGGCCUUGGGAAAUCCUCCUAAACACAGUCUUAAUGUUUGCAGUAAUCUGUGGCUCCUCCCAUCCCAUCCACUUGUCACCGCGGGAGCGGGUGGGGGAAGAAAGCUGGGAGAAGGCGACUAAACGUGCAGCCUGGUCCUAUACAAGUUUGCUGUAACUGCAUAUAACUUGCAGCCUUGAAUAGCAGCCUGUGCCUAGGAGGAUAAAGUUGACCGAAGCCAGUUUCACUUGGGCUGACGGUUUGCUUAGUAGCAAAAAGCUAGUAAUCCCGUGCAGAAUACAGGGAUCUUGGGCAAGCUAGGUUUUUUUGACUUCUAUGGCAAGUGCAUCAUGUGGAGGUGAAGCACCCUCUUCUAUGCAACUCUUGAAGAUACAGAAGUUAAAGCAAAUCUUACACACCUAUUAUUUCAACGGUACCUAAAGCUUACAUAAAUGAGUAUGAAUGAAGUAAACAUGAUUAAAUCCCAGUUUAAAAGGAAUCUUGCAACUUCUUGUAGGUGAAGUAAAAGCAUAACUUGUUCUAAAUGUGAUGGCCCUACUUUUAUCUGAUAAUAGUUUUUCUCUGUUUAAUGUCUUUCAGACAAUAUGUUUUUUAAUGAUGAAAUAAUUGCAAACGGCUUCCAUUCCUGUGAGAGUGAUGAAGAUGAUAGAGCCUCUCAUGCAAGCUCCAGUGAUUGGACUCCAAGGCCACGUAUAGGUAGAUAUUUAGAAUUCAAUAUAGGGGUUCCAAUUAAAUAUCUUGUAAGAUUACACCUUCAUUCUUGCUUUUAUUUUCUUGGGCAAGUCAUAUCUUUAUAUUUGUGACACUGUUGUCUUUCCUUCAUGUAAAUCUGAACUCUGAGUGGUUUGUUGAGGUGCCUGUAUAUUUUGCUGCUUAUCUUGGCAUGAGUUGCACCUUGGAAGAGUAGCUGAGUGGCAAAUUGCCCCUGCUUUUAUCCUUCCAUAUUAUCACCUCUACACUGCACAGAACUAUGGAGUGCUCUAUCUCUUUCCUCAGCUCUAAAUCCAGAAUUGGCAAUUGAGGGCAAUCCGAGGUGCAAGCCUGAGCAGUGUGUAUGGAGGUCCUGGGCUGCCCAGACAACAAGACCCUCUCUCACACUUGCUCAUGUGGUCCAAAGGAAAGGAAAGCAAUACAUUUGGCACCAGCUUGGUGGCAGGAGUUGCGGGAAGGAGGCAUACAAGACACCAUCCAAGUGCCUUAGAGACUCCACUCCUAAUUUUUGCAGGGUUUACUCCCAUGCCUUUUCUUCUCUCAAGGAUGUCCUGCAAGGCAGCAGGCACAGAUUGUUCCUUAGGGUUUACUCCCAAAGCCUUUUCACAUUACAUGUAGUUCUGUAAUUUUUUUUCACCGAUUUUUUCCUUUGUUUUAUGCAGCAACUGAGGUUGCAAUCUGAAUUGGGGAUUAAUUCUGCCCUACCGCUUGAAUUGUUUUCUUACUGAAAAUAAUCUCCUUAGCUGCUUUUACCCCACAAAGGAAAAAAGAUAUGGGAACCAAUUAUCCUAUUCAUGGGAUUAAUACAAAAAUGCUGUGGUUAUUUGUUGCUCACAGGAUGCCUCACCCAUGAUGCCAAUGCAUGCCCUUUUGUGUGCAGUACAUUACACAUUUUUCAGAUUGGUAUGCUACUUGCUCUGUUGAAAAUGUGAUAAACAAAAAAUGUUGCAGAAUUUUCUCCAUCAGUUGAAUAUUCUGCAUCAGUCAGAUGACAAUUGCUUUAUUUUCUAUUACAGGCCCAUACACUUUUGUCCAACAACAUCUCAUGCUAGGCACAGAUCCACGUGCAAUUCUGAAAGACUUGUUGCCAGAAACUAUUCCGCCUCCUGAACUUGAUGACAUGACAUUAUGGCAAAUUGUUAUUAAUAUCCUGUCAGAACCACCUAAAAGAAAAAAGAGAAAAGAUAUCAAUACAAUAGAGGAUGCUGUGAAACUACUACAAGAGUGCAAAAAAAUAAUUGUCUUAACAGGAGCUGGGGUAUGUAUCUAAUGUUGAAUAGAAUAAGUAGAACAUUAUUUGAGAUUUUAAUUAUUCUGAUGCAAGUAUGUGGAUCAUGUGAAUGGAUUGCUCUCUGCUGUGCUACAGUAAUGCUAGAGUCACUCCUGGGCAGAUGUCUUUCUAUAUCCAACACCAGCAAGGGAUGGUUGUCCAUAUCACAAAGCUCACAGUUCUUAAGAAAAUAUUUAUAUCCCAUGUGCCCAAAUAUGCUGAAGGAAAGAUACCUGUGUGCCCUAGUGGAAUGUGAAUGUUGUAGCAAAUGCAAUGAUUUUAAGACCUUUCAUCGUGGGCAACAAUUCUGUACUGCGGCCCAGAUUAAACUAGUUGCACUUGUGGGAGCCAGUGCAACAAGUGCCAUUCGUGUCCUCCCCCCCCCCCAUCAGAUUUGGAGGGGUGGGAGAACUCCUAGAACAGUGUGCGGUGGUGGUGGAGGGGAGAGCAUUCAUCCAAACAAGCAGACAGAGUCUUAUUGUGCAUCCUGCAGAGCACCUGAGCAAAGGGAUGAGCAACUAACUUCUAUCACUAGCACGAAGGAACAUUUAAUUCCCUUGCUCUGAUACUGUAAGCACUGACCUUUCAUUGAGGCACUAGCAGCUACCCUUGUUUCAGUAGUUCAAGUAUAUGUAAGUGAAUCUUCAAAGGUAGGUAGAAAGACUAAGGAAAGUAACUAAUUUCUGGUAACCCACUAUUGUUGGCCAGCCUCCAGGAGACUGAGGCAGCAGUGUAAUUUCAGCCUAUUUCCAAACCAUUGUAGUAUCAUAGAAUUUUACAGUUGGACACUACUAGUAAAGCAUUUGACAGAGUUUUAGGAAGUAAGUGGUAGAACUUGGCAACGAUGGUCAUUUGCAUCAUAUACAAUGACUUUAGUUGGAGUGCAAGCAGAAGCUUGUUCUGCAGCAACUAAUGCCCUGAAUAGAAUCACACUACCUACUUUCAUUUGUCUGGAACCAAGAUGAUACCUGUUAAGAAAUGUUUUACUGAUUUUGAAGUGACUGAACUGAAACGUUAAUUAACUCUGCAGUUCUCUAGCCUGUAUGCAUAUUGUGCUGGGUUCUCAUAAGUAGUUUUGCUAUAGUUGUAAGUGGAAUUUCCUAAUCUGCAGUUUUUUAGGUGCCCGAAUAAUGGAUAGUUCUAAAAAAAAGUAAUAUUUUAUUUGCCAAAAGAAAAUAAGCAAACAGUUGGGGUGUGUGACUAUUUUUAGUUAAUUAUUUAGUUAGUUAUUAAAAGCAUUUAUAAACCUCUCACUGUUUUAAAAAUCUCUAAACAUUAAAUUUUACAGUGUAUAAUCCAAAUAUUUUACAGCAACAAAUGUUGUUAUAAUAUACAAUUGAUCUUUAUUAUGGUAUGUAACCUAUUUCAGGUAUCUGUUUCUUGUGGAAUCCCUGACUUCAGAUCAAGAGAUGGUAUCUAUGCACGCCUUGCAGUAGAUUUCCCAGAUCUUCCUGAUCCUCAAGCAAUGUUUGAUAUUGAUUACUUCAGGAAAGAUCCAAGGCCGUUUUUUAAGUUUGCAAAGGUGCCUUUUCUCUCUUGCUUGUAUGAAAAACAGAUACCUUUAAACAACCUGUAAUCUUUAUGUAUCUAAAACAAAGACAGUUUUCCUCAAAGCUGUUAUGCCCUUACAUGAGCAAAGGGGCACAUUGAUUAUUGCACCAAUAUAAAAUCGCAAAUAAUGAUGUCAUGCUUGCUUUGUAGUGUGUUUGAGUAAUAAUCAGUGCUCUCUUUCUCUUGUAGUGGUUCUUAUUUUUAUGGGAUAUAAAGAAACUAAAGAAGCCAAAGUUUAUAGAGUAACUAUCACUGUUGCUUCUCCUAUUAAGAAGGCACUACUCUUUUUUUUUUUUUUUACUCGAUACAGUAGCGAUAUGCUUAUAACAAAUAGGUGGAGUCAAAUGUGUGAGUGAACUUUAGCUUACACAGUAGAACUUCAUCUUCCUCUCCAGCCCUCCUCCUGCCUCUGGGUUCCCCCUCCCCCCCCCCCAAAAAAAGUUUAAGAUGAUCUCCUUCCCUACUCUGAAUCAGAUUUUGAUGGUGUCUGGAUGGGAAGAGGAAAGUGAAAUACUUCAGUGUGACUAAAAGUCUAUUCCACUCAUGGACAGUUCUGAAUACAAUCAAAUGUUUAAAUACCAUUAUGAUUUAUGACUUUACAAUAGCAUUGCAUAUACUGAAUCUUGUUUGAUGGUGGCGGGUGGGGAAAACUAAUUUUCUGACGGUGUAUUUAUAUGCCAAGCUAUGGCAUAAAUAUUUUUGGCUUAAACUUAAGGCGUCCGCUGAAAAAGCAAUAAUAUUGUUUUGGAAGCUUUCCACUUUAUGAACAAAUUGUAUCUUUCAUAAAUUUAAUAACAUAAUUAAUGAAAAUGGCACAAGCUAAGUUGACCAACAUAAAUACGUACAAUGCUAGUAAAAUGUAAAAUCAAAGAUUUUUCAGUGGGUUUCAAUUAUAUGUGAUUUCACUGAUGCACGUGGUGCCUCGGAACAUAACUCCCACAUAAAAGGGGGCUGUCUGUAUACUUUUUUUAGUACAACCUAUAAUUCAUUUGGGGAUCUUUCUGGAUGUAGGAUUGUGCAUGCUAAAUAGCUUUUCUUUUCAUUCAUACUUUUAAUGAUUAACACUGAUCAACUGUUGUAAUGAUCAACAUUUUCGGGGCUUGGAAGAUAUACUUUUUCAGAGGAGUGGGUUGUAUUAAGGUUGUGCGCAUGCAGAGUACCGUUCACAAAGUUGGACUUCCCCUUUCUCUCUUCUCCCUGUGCUGCCUCAAAAUACCCUUUGAAGGCUCCUGCAGCCCUCUGGAGCAGAUUUUGAGAAUCCCUGGAGGUCUUCAAAGGAAAGGAUAGGAGGGGGAAGUUCUGUUGCAUGUGGAAGUAUGCUGUGCUAUCAGAACAGCAGCACUGGACAUGACUCCAUAUUUAAGCUGUGCAUAGCAUGUCAUAUGUUCAAUGGGGGUGGCAGGAGAUGGUGUAUACAUUUCCCCCAUUUAAGUUAAUGAUGUAUAUUAGUAGUAUUUUCUCCAAGCCGAAAGGUUAACACAAGUUACAAUCAGUUUAAGAAAAUGUUGGUUCUAGUAAGCAAUAGCUAAUGUAUGGUGGCUGAUCUUUAAACAAAAACUGAAAUGUGAUAUUAGCAAAAUUUAUUUUUUGCUUUUUUAAAAAUUCUACAGGAAAUAUAUCCUGGACAGUUUCAACCAUCUCUCUGUCAUAAAUUUAUAGCUUUGAUGGAUAAAGAAAAAAAACUGCUUCGCAAUUAUACUCAGAACAUAGAUACACUGGAACAAGUGGCAGGAAUUCAAAGGAUAAUCCAAUGUCAUGGUUAGUCAAUCUUAAAUUCUAUCUAGAUCUCAUGUUAAUUUUAAUGUGCGUGAUAAGGGAUAUGUGGAAUCUUUCAGCAUUUUGCAUAUCUCUCACUUGGUUAGUUCCUGGAGAAUAUAGAAUAGGAUAAAUGUUUUGAACUGUACAUUUAUGAAUACAUCUGAAGAGGAUUGUGCUUCCGCUCCCUGACAGUGAAUUCUAUUGCAGUGCCCCCAUAGAUUUUCAGGAUGAACAAAUGAAAUAAAACAACAAUGGGUAGUAUUCAACUAAUUAAUACUUGGAGUGAACCCAUUGGAAUCCAAGGGUUUGCUUACAGUGGGCCUACUCUAAGUAUGACUAACUGGAUAUAAUCCAGUGAAUUUUAUCAGCUAAGUGUGAACAUGCAAAUUAAGUCAUAUAUGUUUGUAUGUGUUCCUAUGCUCAGAUCAGUAUGACUAGAAUAAACUAGGUCGGUUAAUAUAUGAAUCCAGACAACUGCAUACAUCCUUAUUUGCUUUCUGGUGUGUGUAUGUGUUUCAGGUUCCUUUGCAGCAGCUUCUUGCCUCAUCUGUAAAUACAAAGUUGAUUGUGAAGUUGUUCGAGGAGACAUUUUCAAUCAGGUAGGAAUAAAACCAUAAAUAUUAUCAGGUACAUUUAAGGCUGCAUUCAUAAACAGGCUUAAGGAGUAAGGCUCACUAAGCUUAACUGAUCUUCUGUGCAAACAUGAUUAGGAAUGCACUGUUAAUGAACAAAAAGUAUGAGUGUUACUAACUAUCAGAUAAAAUGUUAUCCUUACAUCUAGAAAUGUGAACUGCAGCAGUUCAAGAAUUCAGUUUACAUAGAAACAGUUGUAGUUCUCCAGACAAGUGCAGUUCUUAUUUAUUAUCAUUGUUGCAUGCCACUCCAAUCUCCAAGCAGUACAAGAUUCCAGAGGUUCCAGAUGCUUACCUGGGGGUUCAGAAAGCUAGCUUGGCUUGAUUGGCUUUUAACACUUGCUGGAUCCAGGGCUUAUAGGGGUCUGGAAUCUUCCCAACCCCAAAUCUCAUAACACUAUAUUUAUAUUUCACCAUUGCUUCAGUUGAGCUCAAAGCAGCUUGGAAAGAUCCUUCAAAGUAGAAUAUUUCUUGUAGGUUAGUUCAGAUGUGACGCUUGACCUGUCAUUCACUGGAGGACACUUUGACUUUUAUUUCCCUAAGUAUUUUAGCUCAGCUGCCUAAGAUUAGAGCUAGCAGUGUCAGAAUGAUUUCAGUCCACCUUCUAUUUGGGAAGGGAAAGUUGCAGGGAUAUAAUUUGUAAGCUCUAGGGAAAGAAGCAGCUUUGGGGAAGAUUAGGAGGAGGGAAACUAAAGGAUGGGGGUCUGGAGACAAGGUGGUUGAAUCAAGGAUGCAUAGUGACAGUAGACUGAGAAUUGGGAGGAAAGGCUUUGUGAGACUAGAAAAGGAGGAACUAAGGCAUCCCUGGAAACUACUAUCCUGCAAAAAUUAUUAUAAGCCUGCUAAGAGGCUAGUAACCUGGGUUUCCAUGCUGGCUAUGGAAACACAUGACUCUAAUGUUUAAUUGAUGCAUCUUCAUUGUAUGCAUCAUAAGUUGUUUCUGUACAAUAGAGAGAGAAUACAUAUGUGAGGCAAUCCUUCACAAAAGCUGAUAAAUAUGCAACAUAUGCUGUGCUUCUCUUUGUUGGGACAGAUGAGAGGAAAUAUUUGUAAAUUAUUCAUAGAAUAGUUCUCUGGAAAACUGUAAUCUCUAACAUUUUCACGAGUUUAAAAAUAAUUUGUUCAGGUGCUUCAUGGGAAAAAAACUGGUUAAAGUAUUAGUCUUUAAUUCAUACUUGCGUGUCAUCAUCAGUUUUGUUACACUUGGAAUAUUAUUUAGAAAAGCUGUGGAUUAUAACAUCAGUCAUUUUUUAUAGCAAUCUGAACUUCUUAAUAAAUCUGUUGCAGCUAAUGUUUUGACCCAGUGAUUUGCUAAUUGAAUUUAGCUUCUAUAAAACUAAAACUAAAAAUAAUAAUGCAACCUUCUGUAUGCAGGUUGUUCCUAGAUGUCCCAGGUGUUCACCUGAUGAACCACUUGCCAUCAUGAAGCCGGAAAUAGUGUUCUUUGGUGAAAAUCUACCUGAGCAGUUUCAUAGGGCCAUGAAGUAUGACAAAGAUGAGGUUGAUCUUCUCAUUGUUAUCGGGUCUUCACUUAAAGUAAGACCAGUUGCAUUAAUUCCAAGUAAGUGUUGAUUGCUCAUCUCUUAGGCAUAUGGAGGGGAGUCUCUGUUUCAGAAUAAAUAUAUACGGAGCUUCCAUACAACUGUCAUGCUGUACAGUGCUGUAAUUAUUGAAUUUAGAGAGUUUUUUAGAUCUGGGAGGAAUAUAAGAGAAAGGAGUGUAUUUAUCUUGCAUACUAUUAAGUAAUAUUGCAGAAGCAGAAUUCUAGGUCACUUUUUAGUGCAUUUACAAGUAGUUCCUAAAACUAGUUGUCACAUUUGUUAAUAACAGUUGACAUUAUAUUUCUGUAACAUACAUUUUGUUUUAUUUUUCGUAAACAUGUAGGUUCUAUCCCACAUGAAGUGCCUCAGAUUCUAAUUAAUAGGGAACCAUUGCCUCAUCUACACUUCGACGUGGAGCUUCUUGGUGACUGUGAUGUCAUUAUCAAUGAAUUAUGUCAUAGAUUAGGUGGUGAAUAUACAAAACUUUGUAGCAAUUCAGUCAAACUUUCAGAAAUAACAGAGAAGCCUCCCAGACCUCACAAAGAAUUUGAAAUACAUUCAGCUGAAUUACCACCUACUCCUCUAAACAUUUCUGAAUAUUCUAGUUCACCUGAAAGAAUUGCACCACAACAUUCUCAGGUGGUACGUUCAGAGCAAUCUUCUGAAUAUAAAGCAGGAAAUUCUGAUGCUUCCUUGGAGUCUAAAGAGAACUGUGUAGAAGAAAAAAUUCAAGAAGUUCAAAACUCUUUAGAGAAUGUUGAAAGUCUUUCUGACCAUCUAGAAAACCCAGAACAUGUGAAGGAAAAUGGAUCUAACCAAGAGGAAAACAAAGAGAGAAGUGAAAAAACAUCUGUUGAAACACUGAGAAAAUGUUGGGUUAAUAGAUGUGCAAAAGAGCAGAUUAGCAAGCGGCUUGAUGGUAAGUGCUUAAAUAAUUUGCAAACACCUACAUUCAAAUUAAACAAUACUUUCAAAGUAUUAAACACAGCAAUUUUGUUUUGAAGGAAUUCAGUCAAUAGUGAAGAGCAUUUUGUAAAAAUGAUCUGAUCUUGCAACCAGAGAAAUGAAAACAUGUACAUCCACUUCAAUAAGAAAUACUUAGAUUUAUGUUGGUGCAGUACAAUAGGAAAUCUUGAACAAAUGAAAGAAUUCCUCUGACUGAACCAGCUGAUUACUUCAAAUGUUUGCAAGCUUUCAAACUACAUGUAGGCAAUAUGAACUGAAUUUACUUUGUAUGCCUUCAAAACGAAUGUCUGCAUUUCUAAUAUACUUGUUUUAUCUCUUUGCUUUUCUGCCUUACAAAGCUAUUGUCAGACCCAUAUGAAAUAUCUAUUUAUAAUUAUAUCCCACUUUGUCCCUGAAGGUGGUCCUACCCAUGGCUGUGGGCAAAAUCCAAAUUAGGAUAUUUGUAAUAAAACAAUGUAGUAAUCUUUGUUUUGUUCUAAAAUGCAACAAAUCUAGAAAGGCGAUCGGACGUGAAACACUGAUAAACACUUGAUGAAGUUGUGCAGUGCCUUUAAGUCAACUCCCAUCACCUUCAUUUGGCAUGACUUGGUCAAGGAUCAUGGGAGCUGUAGUCCACAAUAACUGGCAUCACAUAGGUUACCACUGGUUUCAGCAAGUAGGCUGCAGUCCAGACCUCUGAUCUGCCACAGGUAGGGUGACAGGGGCAGCACUAUCCCUCCACCCAGCCCAAAACAGCUGUAUUGGGGGAAAGCCCCCAAACAGGAUGUGCCAGGGAGGGGUUGAGCCAACCAGGGAUACCCUGGAUCCCAGCUUGGCCCCACUGACAUCACUUAACCCUCACACCAACUCCAGGCUGGUAAGGAUUAUUGAGUUCAAUGUGGCUUACUUAUGAAAAGACGUGUAUAAGAUUGUGCUGCCAAGUACAUUAUGGGCGAUCCCACACAAUCUAAAAAGUGGCAAUGGAAAUGGCACUUCUGUGUGUCGUGUGAAGGGGAGGGGAAUUUACCGUAUUUUUCUCUCUAUAACACGCAGAUUUUUUCUCCUAAAAAGGAAGGGGAAAUGUCUGUGCGUGUUAUUGAGCAAAUGGAGCCGAAUGGCGCGAGUGGAGGCAAAAAUCAGGCAAAAAUCAAAUCGCGUCUCUCGGAGAAGGGAAACCUGAAAAGAGGAAGCGGCUGCUUUCCUGCAUUCUGCCUCAGGGUCUUACUGCCCACCCUCUCUGUUUCGUUGCUGUGUUUGCUCAAACGGAACAAAGAGCAGGGAAAGCCCCUCCCCUCCAGGCAAGCAGAGGGGAAAGCAGAGCGUCCUUCCUUCUAAUUCCUCUUCAUGCUCCAGAGGGAACAAUGUUUGUGAAGGGAAGAGAGAUUACAGGUUCAGCUUAAAAUUCUGAUUUGACUUCCUGCUUUUGUUUUUGAGGACACACAGCAUUCAAAUAUGCUUUCUUCCAUUUAAAAGGAUGAAAUCCUUAAACAGUGUUUUGCCUGUAAAUUCAUGCGAUCUGGAAGAUUACAGUGUCUGUACCUCUUAAGGGAUGGCAAAGCUUAGGUUUCGCUGCUAAAUAGUUCUUAAUGCAGUUAAAAUGCUUUCUUCUGUCAAGGCAAUUAAAAAAUAUAUAUAUCAGGCAGCCGGAAAACAUGCAGGUGGGAGAGAGAGAGCGCGAGCUGGCUGGCUUGGGUGGGUGGGUGGGGGGAAACUUUUGCCUUCCUUUCCUCCCUCCCGUUAUACCCCUCUCCUGCAUUCUUAGCCAGCUGCUUCUCUGCACACCCCUCUCGUGCUCCUUGUCCCUUCUGUGUUUUUCCUUCCCUCCCCACUUAAAAUGUGGUUACAAAGCAUGGAUCCACAUGGAUCCUCAGGAUCUUUGCAUUGGGUCACCCCAAAUUCACCAUCAGAGCACAUAACAUGUCCAUGGCUACAGCCUGCCCCCAAAAAAUCACGCACCCACUGUUGCCUUGGGCUGCAAUGGUGCAAAAACGUGGUUAAAAAGCAUGGGUCCACAUGGAUCCUCAGGAUCUUUGCAUUGGGUCAGCCCAAAUUCACCAUCAGAGCACAUAGCAUGUCCAUGGCUACAGCCUGCCCCCCAAAAAUCACGCACCCACUGUUGCCUGGGGCUGUAAUGGCGCAAAAACGUGGUUACAAAGCAUGGAUCCACAGGGAUUCUCAGGAUUUUUGCAUUGGUCACCCCAAAUUCACCAUCAGAUCACAUGUCUGUGGCCACAGCAUGAAGCACAAAAAUGAUACAUCCACUGUUUCAUUCAGAAUGUUUUUUCCCUUGUUUUCCUCCUCUAAAAACGAUGUGCGUGUUAUGGUCAGGUGCGUGUUAUAGAGCGAAAAAUACGGUACAUAUCCCCGUGGAUAUUUCCUCCCUGCAUCUCCCCACAGGAAAUAUGCACAUCUUUUGUUUCUCUUCCUCCUCUUCUUUCCCACUCCCUCGUCUUUUCACAAAAGCCAGAAGCAGCAAGAGGGGGAAGGGUCAAUUCAGGUAAUCCUCAAACAUGAUUUGCAGGAUUCGGAAUUACUUCUACACAUUUGAGCAGCAUUGUUUGCCUGAUUAGGACAUCGUGACAAAAUUAAGUUUUGCUUUAAGCAGAAAGGGGAUCUUGAGUGCAGGGGGCGGGGCGGGGAGAACAUGUGAGGCAAAGUCUCACUCCUGAAAAUCUAAAACAAGGUUUGAAGGAUUAUCUAAACCAACCCAAAUUUUAAGAUGCAGACUUCUGUUAUUACCACUGCUUUUAAGCAUCCAAAUCAACUAAAUUGCUGCAAGAAAAACCUGAAAAGAAUUGGGGAACUUGUUUUCCCCUCAGUUUACAAGGAUUGGUGCACAUGGCAGUAGUUUUCAGUGCCAAGCUAUUUCUAUGAAGCCAUUCCUUAUAUGGACUAUGUGAGUUUUCUCCACACCAUCCAAUUUCUUACUUUUUUUGCAGUGCCAUAUAGAAAUUGACUUGGUAUUUGUGGCAGCUUGCCUGUAGAAGUUGUAGUAUGCACACCAGCACCAAGCUUCUGGUACAUGUCUGCCAGAUGUGAUACAUGGAUAUGUUUUUUGCAUUACAAAUUGUAUUAAUAUAGAACAGUAUGCUUUCCUCAAGUUCAGAAUGUCUAAUAGUAUACUGGAGAUAAAAAUAUGAUUUUCUGAGUAAAACAAAAUCUCAUUUAGAUGCCUGGAAUGGGAGAGACUUGCAGCACGAACAGGUUGCAGCAAUACCAAGAGUUGUACAGGCCUUUUAGUGUAGCUUUCAAUUGCACAGCCCAUCAAAAAUGGUAUUUCAGUCAACUUGCUUUUAAUAAGCCUUUAGGUGGUAAGCUCUGAAGCAAUUGCUGUAUUUCUUAGAUAACAGUCAUUGGCACAGUCUGACGUCAUUGCUUAUUAAGAUGUAUCUUUGAGAAAAGUGAAGGGAAAGAAGUGGAUUGUAGACUUCAUAAUUAAACCACAGAAAUGAGUUACACAUUCAUAACUGCUUCCCUUCCCUCAAGAUCUUUGACUGUGGCCACCAGUAAAUGAGAGUGGAAGGGACCUCUUCCUUUGAGACAAUAUUGGAAUGUGUACAUUAUGUGUACAGUGAGAAACUUGGAGGGGGGUGCUGAAUAGUGAAUGCCUUCAUAUGUUGCUGAAUCCAGUUAAGCACAUAGCAGCAUGUAGUGAGCCUUUAAAAAGGGAUUCCAUAGUCCACAACAUGUGAAAUUAAAGUGUAAUAAAUUUUAUGUAUACCUAUUUCCUUACCUAGAAACAGUAGUGCUUAAAAUAAUGACAACCCAUAAGCAUUAAUGUAUCGCAUUUAGGACUUCUUGGGAUUAUUAAUGCUGAAAUAACUAUUCUUGCUAAUCAAACAUGUUUCAGGUACCCAAUACUUGUUUUUACCACCAAAUCGCUAUAUUUUCCAUGGUGCUGAGGUAUACUCGGACUCUGAAGAUGAUGUCAUAUCCUCCAGCUCUUGUGGAAGUAGCAGCGAUAGUGGGUCCUGUCAUAGUCCAAGCUUAGACAUAGAAGACGAGAGUGAAAUUGAAGAGUUCUAUAACGGUAUAGAAGAAGAUACUCCUGACAGAGAAGAGGAGAAUGGAUAUGGAGAAGAUGGAAUUGAGCUUCAGGAAUCUGAGUCUGUGUCGGUAAACGAAGCUGUAGGAUUUGACCAUUCGACAGACAAACUAUAAAGUAAUUACUGACUGGUUUCAGGAACUUUCCCACCAGCAUUAGCAGUUUUGGCAUGUUGGAAUGAAUGUGUACUGAAUUUAGAGCAAGGAAAAUAUAAGGAUGUAGUGUUUAUAAGCAAUUAGAAUAGAUUUUCAUGCAUAGUUUUCUAACUUUUCCAAUUAAAUUCUAUAAAGGCACACUCAACACUAAUCUUUUUGAAUUUUGAAGGUACUAAGUAUCUUUUUACUGUCACUCAUUCAUUUUUAUUAAGUUUAAUCUGUGUGAGCUGUGUGUGUGUACAUAUACAGUAUUUUUGCUUAACAAAUUUCAACCUUUUUUUUUUUUGAACUGUUUUGAAAAAGCCAUUGGAAUGUUAAUAUAAUAUAAAGGGAACAGCUAAUCUAGACCAAAGAAUGGUAUUUUCACGCCUCUUGCUUUGUAACACUUUGAUUUAUUUAAAGUCUCCUCCCCCCCCCCCAGCUCUGUUACUGCAUAAUCUGUUUAACACUGGUAUUUCCCCAAAAGUUAGUAUGGCAGCUAUGUUUCUAACAUUAGUCUUCAUGUUGAAAUGCAUGUGAGCAUAUUGAAAUUAGGCAUCAUAGUGAAUACCUGGAAAUCCCUGACUACUUUGAUUAUUAGAAAGUGCUACUGCAAAACAAAAAACUUCCUGUGGAUAUGUAAUAGUGCCUAUUGGCUUGCAAAAUUAUAGCAAAAUGGUGUUCAGUUAAAUAGUUGCUCAUUAAACUUUUUUGUGACACACAAAGGGUAGGUGGAACAGGAAGUCAGUAUACAAAGCUAGCACUUAAUGUAUAAAAUCUUUUGUGAAUGCUGCCAAAAUGUGAAUAUGUAAAUGUACUGAAGGUGUGUAUAUAAUAUUCAGGAUAUGGGAGCAGUCUCCAAAAGAGCUUCUGUACCCAACACAAACCCUUAAAAGGAGAAACUUAAACUUCCAAUAUAAAACAGAAAGUUCAGUUUAAGCAUAAGUUUAAAAUAUGCUGUUUGAGAACGGGCUUCUGUUUUGGAUAACUUAAUACCACGUGUUGGUACUGAAUUAUACAAAAAGCAGCUACAGAAAUUGGUCACAACGCUGCUUCUUCAAGGCUGCCUUUUAAAAGUGGAUGUCACACAUACUUCCAGCUGCAGAUUGUUUCCAUCUUCCACAAUGUGUUUCCUCACCCUGUAUUUAAUAGUAAGUUUUAUGUUUAUUUGUGAAACCACUUUUCGGCCGUAUCCCAAGAGAGCUCUGCCAGUUAUUGAUCAUUCAUUCAUGUACAUUGCUUUAAUAUUUAUUCCAUUUUGAAAUAUGUAAAGUGGUUGUCCUUUUUAAGCAAUUAAUACAUCUGUUCCGUAACAAUAGCAUAAAAAAGUGUUAAGAAUGGCCUUCUGUGUUCAUCUGAAAAACAUUGGCAUGUUUUCUCAUGGUCCAGGUUCUAAAUAGCAGAACUUGCUAGACUACACUAAAGAAUGCAAUAUGUUUAGCUUUGCUUGCAUGUCAAAAUGUAUUUGUGCUAUAGGAGAUAUUUUAAAAUGAAAAUAUUUUGUUUUUAAAUUAUUUUUACAGUGUGGAUUAUUUUAUGCUUUUAUAUUGUAUAUAGUGUCUUUUAUGUAACCAACUGGCAAAUGUUUUGUAGAAGACUGUUUUAAAAUGACCUGGCUCUCUUCCUGCAACUUUUGAAAUACAAAACCAGUGUUUUAUACUCGUAUAGUCUGUUUUAAGGUCUAUUAAAUUGUCGUUUAAAUUUUGGUUGCUGUUAAUAAUGUGUGUGGAAAGCCUCUCACUCCUCUCUUGCAACUUCUUGUUUUACCAACAGAUAUGAAAUACAAUACAGCUUGUGGAAAGUAUACUAUGGUGUUUCUCCACUUAGGGUUUUUAAUGGAUGUGAACAACACCAUGGCUGGCUGUAAAUUUAGUCUAAGCUUAAUGUGAGACCAAUAUGAUCUUUUGAGCAAUUUAGACCAAGCCUCCAUCAAAUGUCUUAACUUUUCAUUUUAAAGAACGAACAGGACCACUGCAGAUGCAAUGCAGCCAACUUCCUCUUACCUGUGCAUAAGGUGGCCUAUUACUUCUGUGCUGCUCUCUUCAGAUCCUGCAUGUGAGAUGCAAACACACCCCAUCCUGUUUUAAUGCUUGAAGCCAAUUGUGCUAUUUCUUCACUUUGCCUACUGUUGCUGCCAUGCUAUAAUUCACAGCAUGAAUUCACACAGUGAAUUUGCAGUCCCUGAUUUGAGCUAACCCGUGAGUAGUGCCAACAAUGAUUAUUUACAGAUGAACAGAGAAGAGCAGCCUGACUGGACCUUAAAUGUUUUCCAUCCUUCAUAAGAAGCCUUCCCUAUGUAUGUUUUACGCAUUAAAAGGAGCUGCUAGAAUAUCUCAAUUCAUUAGGAUAACUGAAUUAGCUGCCUCCAUGUAGCAAGCCAUUUCUGACUGCUGGUUCACUACAUGAAUUGCCAAGUGUUCGCCAUGCCAGUUAGUUUUUUCUCCCUAUGUUUUGCCCCAGAAAAUCACUCAUGCACCAUCCAAACACCUUACAAGCUGUUUUGUUUGUUUAGUCGUGUCCGACUCUUCGUGACCCCAUGGACCAGAGCACGCCAGGCACUCCUGUCUUCCACUGCCUCCCGCAGUUUGGUCAGGCUCAUGUUUGUAGCUUCGAGAACACUGUCCAACCAUCUCGUCCUCUGUUGUCCCCUUCUCCUUGUGCCCUCCAUCUUUCCCAACAUCAGGGUCUUUUCCAGGGAGUCUUCUCUUCUCAUGAGGUGGCCAAAGUAUUGGAGCCUCAACUUCACCUUACAAGCUAGAAAUAGCUUAAUUGUUCCUUUUGGCAGCCAUCUCCCUAUAAUAGUCAUCUUUCCAUAUCAAACCUAAAGUUAAUGUUCAACAGUUAUUCUACUGGCUGCCUACACAAGGGCAGAGGCUUGCAUGUGAGGAAAGGGAAGUAUGUAAUCCACUUAAAAGUAUUUUAAUUCAUAUUAUUGUGUGAGCAAAAGUGUAUUAAGAUACUCAUCUUCAGGUGACUCUACAACUCAACAGAUGGAGGAGAAUCUGCCACAGUUCAGCAAUGUAACUUUCAAAGUAAAAACAAAGGAAAUUUUCUAUCUGAUUUUAUUUUAAUAAUAUAUAAGGCCACUCAAAAACAGUGUUCACUGGGUGGCUCAUUAAUAAAAUGAUAAAAUGC